AUGACUAUCCAAUACGGAUACGUCCUGCGAAGGGCUCAAUCACGACUGCAGCUAGAGCGCAGCUUGCAUCCGUCCAGAGAAGGUUUGGAUUCGUUGAGAAGCUAUCUGAAGCGCAUCGGCCCUGGCAUGUUUCAGGACGCCAUGGUUUCGGUGGAAGCGCACAUUGCCGCAAAACUGCAGGUAGAAGGCGUCUUCGGGGACCUGCAGAUGCUGAAAGGACAACUCAUGAAGUCGAUCGAGAGCAGGCGGUCUUCUGGCCGUGACACUGGUGCAAUGCUCCAGGAGGCUGUUUCUGCUGGUGAGGUUGCUUCGCUCUUGCUUGGCGCAUCCGACGUGCGCAGGCUUCUUCUCGAAGCCGCUGCUUUUGGGGCACUUUUGUGGGAAGCAGAGUCGAAGGUCCCAAGUGGCUUCAGAGUUGGCCUCUCUAGUGCCAUCACGGCAACCUCGCUGGCCUCUCCGACUUCGGAGUGCAAGCUGACGGUGACGGCAAUCCCGUCAUUCCAGAGUCUGACUGAUCAUGCGGCUAUCGGAGAUCGCCUUGCCCUGGUGAUGGACUGGGCGGAGAAACGAUCAUGGAAGGAGGACCGCAACGGCGCACAGUACGUGCGACAGACCGCAUUGGUUGUGGAGUCUGGAUUAUCCGUCAUCACAGGUCUGACAUUUACAUUAAUUCUCGGUGGGGUGCACGAGCUCUACUCGUCCUUCUGGCCGCUUUUCCUGCGGUUUUUCCCCAUUGCCGUCUUCUUCGCAGUGGGCUUGUCGCUGAAGAUGAUGGCGGUGAACCAUUUUCAGGCCGGAACAAUCAAGAUUGUUGGUCAGUUGCGGCUUGCACUUGUCGCUUUGGCCUCAACCUUUAUUCUUUCUCGAACGUACAGCUCCAGGCAAUGGACCUCCAUCGCUUCCGUGACGGUCUUCUGCGUGCUGUUUGUCCAGCAGAAGGGCCAGGGAAGGAGUCAGCGCGGCAAAGCUUGGAAAUGGACCGGGCUAUCGCAGCUCUUUGGAUGGGUUUGCAUGAACGUCAUCGGCGGCAUUUUGGCAGAAAAGACGUACAAGAGCAGCGCUGGCCCCUACUACGUUCAAAAAGUGGCUCAGGAUCUUGGACACCUGCUGACGUCAACUGUCAUGCUUAUGGCCGUUGUACCACGCUUCGAUCCUGGCGAGGAGUUCCAUUUCUGCUGCCAAAGCGUUACUAUCAGGCUGAAGGCUUUGUGA